AUGGAUGAUCUUGCGAGGGCCGAAUACCCUGCCAUGCUGGCACACCUCCAGCCCAUGCAGGCUGUCAACGUCCUGACCGAUCGCGUGAAGAGAAUAACCAAGAUCAACACCGAAGUCGCAGACUGGCUACAGGAGCGCCGUCGAGUCGAGGAACAGUAUGUCCAAAGUUUACGGAAGCUCAUGAACUUCAAAGUUCCCAACGGCCAGUCCGAGCUCGGCGUCUUUUCUGGACCCUGGGACAAGAUCGUGCUCUCCGUCGAUGCGACCGCCCACUCUCAUCACCAAUUCGCCAGCCUGCUCGAGAAAGAUGUCGAAGCGCCCCUGCGCAACUUCCAGGCCCGAAAGGAGAUGCAGAACAUGCAAACCAUUUCUGCCAACCUGACGGCUAUGGCUCGAGACCUCGAGGAUGCCCAGAAAAAGAUGGACGCGCUGGCUAGGAAGGGUCCUAAGACGAAUGCGCAGAAGAUGGCAGAUGCCACCGCUAGGCUCGAGCAGGCCACCCAGCAAUGGGAUUCCCAAGCCCCGUUCAUCUUCGAAACCCUCCAGGCUCUCGACGAACAGCGCGUGAACCAGCUGCGCGACCUUCUCACCCAAUACCAAACCCACGAAAGCGACCAGGCCCAACGAUCCCAGAGUAAGGCUGCCGAGACGCUGGCCUUGAUGCUUGAAAUAAGUACCGAGCAGGAAAUCGCGAGCUUUAAGGAGAAGAUUGUUUCCGGAAGGCCGCGCAUGGAGAAGAGGGUCACGACAUCACGACAGUCCUCGAACGUGCCUACAAGCCAGACUCUGGCUCCACCCCCGCCACCUUCUUCCAGCUUAGGUCACCAUGAUGACGAUACGAGCGAUCACUCGGGAGCUUUGGAGGGCAAGUCCGAAUCGAAGCUGCGGAGUCGAAUCGGCACGAUGCUCGGCCGGCGCCGACAGAGCAUCCACGGUGGCUUCGGUCCGAUUUCUCCACAGAAGACCGGCGGUUCCUCGUUCGGCCGUGGCCUCAGUAGCAGCCAUAGCAGUACCCACGUCCGCCCCAGUGGCCUCUCGCCAAGAGCCUCUUCGCACAACUUGGCCGAAACCAACAACCGACUGUCGGCUCUUGCGGAAACACCCGACUCGCCUAGGCCGCCCCAUUCGUCUGGAACCGACAGGCCGUUCCAUGAGGGAACCAAUGGCUUUGGUGAGGAAUCGUCGGAAGCUGCUCGUCUUGGUUCAUCGGCUGGUACUGUUAAUGGCACCCACGAUACGGAUGUGCAGGAUGUGGCCCCUCCCCCGGGACCGCCACCGUCCCAGGUUAAGGAGGCCGAAGUGAAGGACUCCGAGGGCUUUACGAUUCGCCCUCCUGCGGACGACCCGAUCUCUCAGGCUCAGCGCGAGGCCGCAGAGGAGAAUGAACAAAUGUUCAAGCUCAACAUUGCGAGCUCGCCGAUUCAGGAGGAGGACGCCGAUGCCAAGGAGGCUGCGUUGAACAGCGUCGCCAACACUCUUACACAGAUGGCUGCUCCUUCCCGAAAGCUUGGAACAGUGCGUGGACGGAGAGACGUCAGGAAUACCAUCUAUGUGCCGCCGCCAAACAUGCCCGAGCUCACCAACGAGAACCCCUUCCCGACAUCCCCAUCACUGCCUAGCCAGUCUUCUAAGCCUACUACUGUCGCAGCGCUCGCCUCCGAAGCAAGCAUCGCUGCUACAUCAGAUACUCAGUCGAUCCGUUCAGCCAACUCCCUGAUGAGCCUUGCUCACCUCAAGCACCCUGAAAUGCACGAGCCUGGUCUCAAUGCUUCUAUCAUCGAGACAGUGUCAGCUACAUUCGAAGAAGGGGAGGUCAAGAAUGCCAAGGUUCAUGGCGAGAUUGCCUUUGCUUAUCAUCCCGCCGGCGACGCUUCUCCAGAGCGUGAGACGAUUCGUAUCAACAAUUUCCCUAGCCUGGAAGUCAUUGGACCGAAUCGCAUCUUUGUUCAGAACAGUCCUGACAAGCCGGAUGAGUUCAAUCUCGAUGUAUCGCACAUCAACAAGACUGCAACAGCGUUCACAUAUCGUGUUCACCCCGGCGACGCUGGCCUGGCCGCCCAUGUUCCUUUGUUCAUCCGACCAGCUUGGAAGCCUCAGGGCGACAAGCUUGGACUCCUUCUGCAAUACUCGCUCAACCCUGCUAGCGGCCUCACAGCACCCGUGACGCUGCAAAACGUCGUGUUCGUGGCUACAUACGAAGGCGCCAAGGCCUCAGGAGCCCAGACGAAACCGGCAGGAACCCACUUGAAGGAGAAGCACCUGGUGUACUGGCGCCUUGGAGACCUCACACUCACCGCCGAGACGCAAAAGAUUGUGUGCCGCAUCAUUGGCGCCGAAAACGCCGAGCCCAAGCCGGGCCACAUCGAGGCCAGAUGGGAAUAUACUCCCGAGUCCCUCAGCAGCGGCAUCUCCAUCUCGAGACUGGAAGAGAUCAAGGGCAAGGGCAAGGAAGAGGAAGCCGACCCUUUCGCGGACGACAACCCGGCUUCGCCGGCCCUGCCAGCUGAUCAACAAUGGGUGGAUGUGAAGCUGGUGAAGAAGAUCACGAGCGGCAAGUACGAGGCCAAGUGA